GGGAGCUUACUACACACAUAACUCUGGACUUUUGCACAUAUCUCAGGACCUCCUGGACAUAUUUAACUUAAAAGGAUUGAAAUCACCUCAUGCAAACAUGAUCCGCAAUCCUGUCAUACCAAAACUGGGAUAGCUCAACUGCAAGCAAGCUCCACGUCUGUGCAGAAGUCUUAAUCCUGUGCUGUGCGGCAUAUUCGACCACCCACCUGAACACUUGCACAGAAAGCACAUGACAAUCCGGAGGAAAGAAGGGGUAGAGCUCAAUGCACUUUCCAAAAAGACUCCUCCUCCAUGGUUGGGAUCUGCUUUGAAAGCCCCGCUCUCUGAUCUGGUCCCAUUACUGAGUGACAGGCUCUGCUGCUAGUGCUACAACCCCUCAGCUCUGAGAGCCCCCUGCUACCAAGUGUCUGCACAGCCCUGCACUACCUUCCCACCCUGAGCAGUUACAUUUUGGAAAUAAAUACAUGCAACUUUAGAUUAAGCUUCCGAAUUAGAAGAGUUUGCAAUCCUCUCACCAUGAAUUGUGCAGCACAAGAGUGGCUCAGGCUGACUGUCUUGCUAUUCAUAGUCCAAACAGUUGCUACAAUGCUCAUUCCUAAUGCCACCCAAUUAGAGGGCCUUUUGGAAAAAUAUAUGGAUGAGGAUGGAGAGUGGUGGGUUGCCAAGCAGAGGGGUAAAAGAGCCAUUACUGACAGUGAUAUGAAGCUCAUCCUGGAUUUGCACAAUAAACUGAGAGGUGAAGUUUACCCUCCUGCCUCCAAUAUGGAGUAUAUGAUAUGGGAUGCAGAGCUGGAACGAUCUGCUGAGGCAUGGGCUGGAUCUUGUCUAUGGGAACAUGGCCCCGCACAUUUGCUUCCAUCAAUUGGACAGAAUUUAGGUGCCCAUUGGGGAAGGUACAGACCACCCACUUAUCAUGUCCAGGCAUGGUAUGAUGAAGUCAGAGACUAUACAUUUCCAUAUCCACAAGAAUGUAACCCUUACUGUCCAUUCAGGUGUUCCGGCCCUGUAUGUACUCAUUAUACACAGGUAGUUUGGGCAACAAGUAGCAGGAUUGGCUGUGCUAUAAACCUGUGCCAUAACAUGAAUGUUUGGGGGCAAAUAUGGCCAAAGGCAAUAUAUCUAGUGUGCAAUUACUCCCCAAAGGGAAAUUGGUGGGGCCAUGCUCCCUACAAACAUGGCCGCCCUUGUUCAGCUUGCCCACCCAGCUAUGGAGGAGGCUGCAGGGAUAAUCUUUGUUUCCGAGGAGAUGGUUCAGAAUUUCACUAUCCUAUUCCCGAGCCUGAGGAAGAAACCAAUGAGAUUGAGAGACAACGUUCAAAGGCGCUUGACACAACUUCACAAAGUAGAGCGAGAACUCACUCCCCUACAAGUUCCACUAGGACUGACAGCUAUGAUAGCAAUGAAGUGAUCAGCACGGAGCAAAUGUCUCAGAUCGUAUCUUGUGAGGUCCGACUGAGGGAUCAGUGCAAAGGGACAACAUGUAACAGAUAUGAAUGUUCGGCUGGCUGUUUGGAGAGCAGUGCAAAAGUAAUUGGAAGUGUAUUUUACGAAAUGCAAUCGAGUAUAUGUAAAGCAGCCAUACAUGCUGGUGUAAUAGAUAAUGAAGGUGGAUGGGUGGAUGUUACUCGACAAGGGAGAAGAAAUUACUUCAUAAAAUCUUACAGAAAUGGAGUCCAGUCAAUCGGAAAAUACCAAUCUGCUAAUUCUUUUACGGUCUCUAAAGUAUCAUUUCAGGCUGUAACAUGUGAGACAACAGUGGAACAGUUAUGUCCAUUUCAAUCUCCAGCUUCGCACUGUCCAAGGGUAUAUUGUCCACGUAACUGUGCCCAAGCAAGUCCACAUUAUGCUCGAGUUUUUGGGACCCGUAUUUAUUCUGAUAUAUCAAGUAUCUGCAAGGCAGCCCUUCAUGCUGGUGUAGUUCGUAAUCACCAAGGAGGCUAUAUCGAUGUCAUGCCAAUUGAUAAAAAGAAACACUACUUUGGAUCAUCCCAAAAUGGAAUUAGUUCAGAAAGUUUACACAACCCAUUGGGAAGCAAAGCUUUUAGAAUAUUUGCUGUCAUCUGAGAUGGAAGAGGAAAGCCUAGUCAAUUUUCAGAAAGUCAUAAUAACAUGUCUUUAAAUGUGUAUAAAGGUUUAUUAUUGUACAGUCCAUAAUAUAUAUAUAUAUAUUCUUAGAGCAAUUGUGGAUCAUAGUAAAAAUGAGGCUGUAUUCAUUAUAGAAUAAUAACUAUAUAGAAAUGUAGUAAUUCCUGCUGUAUCUGACCCCUUCUCAACAUUCAAGCCAUAGUAUAUGGAUCCACUGGUAUAGUCAGAAGUAUGUUUUUAUAUUGUACAAUGUUCUAUUUUAAAUUGCAAAAACAAACACAAAAUGAAAUGGACAUAUGAACCACACAAAUUAAGGGAACAUACAUUCUAAUUAGUUAUUCUAGUUUUUGUCAUUCUAGCAUUGUUUUUGGUAGGGGGAAUUGUAGCUUUUGAACCCCUUAAUAGACUUACAGUAUGUGUAAUAUGUACCAGCUAAAGAGGAGAACAUACACUUUCAAUGUAGUCAGAGAAUUACCAAUCAAUGUUAAAGGAGCUUGAAGACAAAUUCAAUAUUCUUAAAGGGGUACUCCAGUGAAAAACAUAUAUAUAUAUAUUUUUUCCAUCUACUGGUGCUAGAACGUUAAACAGA